CGACUUUACUAGUAACCAUUUUUGCCUGAUCCCAAAUCUCUUCGCCCCUUCUCUUAUCUGCCAUCGAUUCAGAUGUCGACGGAGCCGGAGGUUCCCUCCGGCGAGGACUUUGUUCACAUCGAAGAAGACUCCACCAGACCUACCGGCGAUAUCUCGUUAAGCGACAGCAUAGUGAAUGUGGAGAGAGAGGACGCCGUUGAGGAGGUAGAAGAAUACAAAGACUCCGAUUCCGUGAUUAGCCCCGGCGGCGAUGGGGAGGAUGGUGGAGAGGGUUCAUCGGAGGCGACGAAGGUGGAGUUGCCGGAGGAAUUGGCGAAAAGCGUUGUGAUUUUGAGGUGUGAGUCUACAGGGGAGAGUGGAUCUUGUGAUGUGUAUUUGAUUGGGACUGCUCAUGUAUCAAAGGAAUCAUGUCGAGAAGUUCAAGCAGUAAUCAGCAUCUUGAAACCAGAGGCUGUCUUCGUGGAGUUGUGUUCAAGCCGAGUGUCUAUUCUCAAACCUCAGACUUUGAAGAUUCCAACCAUGUCAGACAUGAUAGAAAGCUGGAAGCAGAAACAGAACACGUUUGGAAUACUUUAUGGCUGGUUUCUUGCAAAGAUCGCCAGUCAGCUUGAGGUUCUUCCUGGGGCUGAGUUUCGUGUGGCAUACGAAGAGGCCCUUAAAUAUGGCGGCAAGGUGAUUCUUGGUGACCGUCCUGUACAGAUCACGUUAAAAAGAACAUGGGCAAAGAUGCCUCUGUGGCACAAGGUUAAGUUUCUAUACUCCUUGCUGUUCCAAGCUGUCUUCUUACCGAGCGCUGAAGAACUCGACAAAAUGUUGAAAGAAAUGGACAAUGUGGAUAUGCUGACUUUGGUGAUUCAAGAAAUGAGCAAGGAAUUUCCAUCUCUCAUGGAUACACUUGUGCAUGAGCGAGACCAGUACAUGGCAUCUUCUUUGCUGAGAGUUGCAAGUGAGCACAAUUCAGUUGUGGCAGUAAUCGGCAGAGGGCAUAUUAAUGGGAUCAAGAAGAAUUGGCAGCAACCUAUAACGAUGAAAGAUCUAAUGGAGAUACCGAGCGACGAGUCAGUCUUCACAGUGAAGAGGAUAAUAUCAUCAGUGGCGAUUGCAGUUACAGGGACAGCUAUAGUUACCGGUAUACUUCUUGCAAGAAGAAGGUGAAAACGAUUGUGAUGUGGGCAUAGUUUUUUCUCUUCAUUUCUCCUGAGAGCCAUUCAAAAGAAAACCACACAAACGCAACAACGUUAUACAGUCCUUAUGCUUUCUUUAUUUUUCUUUUACUUUUGUAUGUCGGUUGAUUGAAACUUUUCAUGAUAACAAGUCUUUUUGCAACGUCACAUUGUUCUUCUGACCCCACUCUUGCUGAACAAGUCUUCACAUUGAUCCGACCCAUUUUCUCCAUGGACUUGGCAAACUCAGACAAGACACUCUCGACCGAACUCUUCAAAAUCUUGUUUAUGUUUGAGAGUGUUGUGGGAUUUUUUGAGAGCAGAGUCUGAUUGAAACAGAAGGAGCUGGUAAUAACUAAGAUCAAACGUUUUGUGGCUCCUUGGAUCUUGAGGCCGUCCCUUCUUAUUUAUAUUGUUUUUUUUUGUUUUGUCCAAAACUGUUGUUGCUCAUCUGAGUCAUCUCUUGAGCUUGUCUUACUUUGUAACAUGCGAAUCAACUUAGAAACAUUGUACUUAUAAGGUGAAGUGGAGAGCAGAUUAGAACUUCACAGUUCACACAACUGCUCUGUAGAAUUUUAUCAUAUAUAAACCGACGAGGGGAUUAAAAUAUCG